CAUAUAUAAUGUUAUUCUAAAAAUAAGUAUUGUUUUUUUUUAAUAAAAAUAAACAUUUUUUGAUAAUGUAUGUCCAAAGUACGAUAGCGCCACAGUAAUUCAGCAAAGUUAAUUGAUGUUAAAAGGAUGUUUGCUCUUAGAAGAUUUUUGAUCAAUAAACAAUUUGCUCGAAAUUAUGCAUCCGGAAAAAAAUUAUUAGAAAUUACACAAGAUGAAAGUACAGGUGUUCAAAUAAUAUCAAUGGCUAAACCACCGGUUAAUACCUUAAAUCUGGAAUUAUUAGAAGAAUUAAAAAGCUCUUUAGUAGAAGCCCAAAAAAGUAAUUACAAAGGCAUUAUUUUGAGUUCGUCAUUACCAACUGUUUUCUCAGGAGGUUUAGACAUCAUGGAAAUGUAUAAACCAGAUAUGGAAAGAUUCACUAAUUUUUGGCGUACUUUGCAAGAUAUGUGGAUGAUUUUAUACGGUUUAGAAAUACCAGUUGCUGCUGCAAUUAACGGUGCUAGCCCUGCUGGCGGAUGUUUAUUAGCCAUUUCUUGUGAAUAUAGAGCUUUUGUUGAUGGGAAACAUACUAUUGGGUUGAAUGAGACACAAUUAGGUAUCAUACCUCCACAAUGGUUUGUAGAUCCAUAUGUUGCUAUCCUUGGUGAAAAGCGCGCCGAAAGAGCUAUGAUGAAGGGUACACUUUUUCGUCCCAAUGAAGCUUUAAAUAUUGGACUUGUAGAUGAAUUGGUUAGUGAUAAAGCAGAAGCUAUUCAAAAAUGUCUAAAGUACAUAUCUUCUUAUGAUAACAUAUCUAAAUUGGCUAGAAACAAAAUCAAAUUAAAACUUCGUGGAAAAUCAAUUUCAUGGUUACAAAAAAAUCGAGAAUUUGAGUUAAAUGAAAUUAAACAAUUUAUUCAAUUGCCAAACGUGCAAAAAGGACUUCAUUUAUACGUUCAAGCAUUGAAACAAAAGAAAAAUUAAUUAUAUUUUAUGAUACAAGCGUUAUUGCUUAGAAGGAAA